AUGAAGAUCUUUGGCUGGGUUCGAAGUAAGAUAACAGGGAGACAAGAGAAGAAGUUCGAUAUAUGCCAUGGCUUUGAUCAUUGCUUUUCAAAGCAAAAUAGCUGCAAAGAAGAAUUCCAUGGCUGGCCACAAACAUUAUUGUCAAUAGGAACAUUUAGCAGCAAUGAAAUGCAGAAUGAGACCCAAAUAAUUUCCCAAACUUCAGAAUCGUUACAGGAAAAUGGAGACUUAAGUAUUGAAGAAGAAAUUAUAUUUCAGAAGGAAAUAAGCAAACUGCUAAAUCUGAAACAAGUUUUUAGCACAGAUAAAACUGAUCAAUCCUCAAGUUUGAAACUUGACAACAAUUCUACAUCGAAUAUCUGUAAUGGAUCAACGGAUGAUAUCAUCUUAAACAAUGCAAAAGAACUACUUGCUGCUAAACAUAAUGAGAUCAGGCGAAGGUCGCUGCUCUCUUUCCUUCUCAAGAAAAUGUUUGUGUGCAGAAGUGGAUUUGCUCCGCAGCUAAGCUUAAGGGAUCCAAUUCCUGAAUCAUGGAUAGAAAAAGUAUGA